UCUCUUAUCAACUUUGCAUGGAAGAGUUGUACACUGUCUGCGGCAAAACAGCAUUUCUCACGCCUUGCUGGUUUUCCCAGAAUCAUGAGAGGACUUCUUGAUGUUUUUCUCUAUGACACUGUAAAAUGGCGGAAGUGCAGCUCGAAGAAAUCUGUGCUGUUGGUUUGAAGUUGAAGCAGAGAAGUGAAAACACACAGGAAGUAACCGGACUUCAGUGUGACAGCUGAGUUUCCCAAACCUGUAGCUGAGGCAUGGUUUAAACAACAACCUGGCUUCGAUCUGACCCACUGCCCGUGUCCUGAAAGUUUCAUAUACACGCAUAAUACUUUUUUGGAGCUGGUUUGUACUAAAGCCAGCAAUGUAAUGACGACUUCUUUUAGGGAUUAGAUCUAAAGAAAUCUAAUCUUUCUUGAGUUAGAAAGCAAAAGCAAAGUUUAGAUAUUUAAGAGUUUAGAGCAGUCAAAUAUUUCUGCCUUUCUCCUCAUGUAAACUCUUGUUUGGAGUUUGAAAUCAGAUUUCUCUUAUUUGUUUGGUUCAUACAUCAUUCCCAUUAGUCUUGGUUUACCUCUCUUUAUGUUAUGGAGGUCACACUGUUUAAUCCCAACUCCACCCUUCCUCCCCCAUUCCCAAUACGGCCGGCUAUGGCUCCAUCCGUACAGCUUGGAGUCACCAUACUUUACACUUGCCUGUAUGGAGCUCUGUUCUGUAUCGUUUACUUCCAGCUCUGGUUGUUGUUGUUCUAUCGCCAUAAAAGAUGGAGCUACCAGAGCGUUUUUCUGUUCCUUUGCCUGUUUUGGGCAGCCCUCCGGACCACCCUGUUUUCCUUUUACUUCGGCGAUGCUGUUGCCGCCAACCACUUACCCACUCCGAUCUACUGGCUUCUCUACUGUUGCCCAGUGUGCCUCCAGUUCUUUACACUGAGCCUCAUCAAUCUCUAUUUUACCCAGGUCCUGCUCAAAGUUAGAGACUUGUUUUCUAUCGAGCCAAGGAAAGGAUUGUGCUUGGCCCGCUGUGUGUAUGCAUCCAUGAGUGUGGUUUUUUUAUGCAUCAACGUGGUUUGCGCCACCCUCGGUGAGCGAGGAAACACAGGCGGGGCCAGGAACAAAACAUGGACCCUGGUUCUAGUCCGUGUCUUGGUAAAUGAUCUUCUUUUUAUCAUCGAGGCUGUGUGCCUGGCCACUUCGCUGCUGCUCCUGACCCGAUUCUCUCCCACCACCAGCCCCUAUUUACACAGCAAGGGGACCAGUCUUUGCAGGACGGCUGUGUUGGGAGUAGGAGUGAUCCUGGUCUUCUUUAGCAGAGCGUGCUAUAACCUUACCGUACUCAUCCUGUCCCAAAAUUACAAGGUGGAAUCCUUCGGCUUUGACUGGUAUAACAUCUCGGAUCAGGCUGAUCUUCAGAACGAUCUUGGAGACAUGGGCUACAUUAUUUUCGGCGCUAUACUUUUCAUAUGGGAGCUACUCCCCACAAGCCUGCUCAUUCUCAUCUUCCGAGUUCCACGUCCUCAGACAGAAAUGAACUGUAGUCCCGUCAUCAACACAAGGGCCUCACGCGCAUAUUUCUUUGAUGACCCACGAUUGAUGGACGGUGACACAAGUGCCACUUGGUCACACAGCAUACGCCCUAAUAGCAGCUGGUUCGGCUCCAGUGAGACGGCUCCACUGCUGUUCAACAGGACAGAUCCAACAAACCAGCAUCACACCCUGUACUCCACCCCACAGACCUGAGCACUCCACAACAGCAGCAAUGAGUUAGGGAUUUGACAUGGACUCUUCUCAGGCAAUAAUGCAUUAGUACCUCAGCCUAUGGAGCCCAGUAGGUGAUAUUUGCACUGAAACCUGGUGCACAUGCUUGCACAUUCUAUGUUUAUGCUUCAAAUGAAUUAAUUAUAGUAGCAUGUAAAGUGACCAGCUUUAUCCUGUUUACGUAAAUAAGGACCACUGAAGAACUUUCUUAUUAACUAAACUUGUAUAACAUUUUUGUAUGUGUUUUUAUAAAAAUUUAGAGAAACCAUAAUGGCAAUGUUAAGUACAAUGCUUGAUGUACAGGUUGUGUUUCAGACUGAGAAAUGUACAUUUUAAAUGUUUUAAAUAUGAAUAAUUUACAUUUUGGUUUUUGUUUUUGUUUUUUGCGCUGUAUUCGAACACUUUCCUAAUUUAAUUGCAUUGUAACUUAAGAAUUCUCAACAAUAAAGACUAAUUGUUGCUAAGUA